AGUCGGUUUUUCAUUUAACGGAUAUUGAAAAAAGGCUCAGUGCCAUUAGGGCUCAAAUAGCUAAUUGUCCUAAGCCGCCGUUAGAGCCCGAUCGCCGACGUCUCUCUCUCUCUCCUUGAAGCUGCUCAGGAUUGAGGGAUCAAAUGUUCAAGAGGAGAGUCUCGCUUCUUUCAAUCAAUUCCCUUACAGCUCUAAAUAAGGUAUGCUAUUCGAGUUACCUUUCUAAUUCGAUCAAAACCCUAGCUCUAUCAAAAAAUCUUAGCACUGCAGCUGAAAGAUCAGAGUUUCAAAACUCGGUUGGCUAUCACUUGGAGAAUUCUAAUGAGCAAUUUCAAAACUCUAGUGGCUCAUGUGGUGAGAGCCAAAACUUUAUUGAAUUAGUGCAAAAACCAAACGGACAGGACUUAAACCCUACUCGAGGUUUUAGGAAAACCACCGAAAAUUUUGUAGGUAAUAUUCAAGUUGCGCAAAAUGGAAAUCCUGACGGGUCUUAUGGGCAAAAUCAUGGAAAUUUUCCGCAUAAUUUGAAUGGUGAUUGCCAGAAUUGUAAUUGGACUUCUUGGGAAAGCAUUAGAAACGUUAACCAAAAUAAUCCAAAUGAGAGGAGGGGUAAUUUUAGCGGAUAUUAUGUAAAUUCUGGGCAGUUUCAACACAAAAGAAGUGAAGUUGCUGCAUCGAAUUCAAAGAGUUCGCAAGAUCAUCUAAAAAGGGUUAAUGGAGGGAGCGGAAAAGUGCCAAAUGUGCAUGCGUAUUCUCAAAAGGGACCUGGAGAAGUGACACAAAAUCCAGCUGCGCUUCAUUUGCAAGUUCCUUCAGGGUCACAAGAAAUAUGGAAUAGUGAGUAUACUCAAAAUGUUAAUCAGUUUCAGCCUGGCUCAAGUGAUCAUUACAUGGGGAAUACUGGACUAUAUCUGCAUGGCCCAAGUAAUGGCCAAUAUCAGCAGAACCUAAAUGUUGGACACAACCAGCGGAGUUGGAAUGUUGGAGAAUACGAUCCAAACUUGAAUGGUGUAAGUAAUAAAAUGCAAGCUUCUCAUUUGUCAAGUGAUCCCAAAUUUGAAGGUGCAUUGACUGAGCCUUCUGAAACUACUCCACAUAGAGGUGCUCUGGAUGAUCUUGAUGACUUGUGCAAGGAAAUGAAAGUGAAGGAAGCCGUUGAGGUCCUUCAUUCAUUAGAGAAGCAGCGUGUUCCUGUGGAUUUGCCUAGGUUUUUGCAGUUGAUGCAGGCAUGCGGGGAUGCUAAGGCUUUACAAGAAGCAAAAGCUGUUCAUGAUCAUAUUGUGAGAUCACUGCUACCUUUGGAAGUCGAUACUUAUAACAAGAUCUUAGAGAUGUAUGCAAAAUGCGGUUCUAUGGAUCAGGCAUUUGAUGUGUUUGACAAAAUGCCAGAACGCGAUUUGAAUUCUUGGAAUACUAUGAUAACAUGGCUUGCCAAGCAUGGUCUUGGAGAGGAUGCCAUUGAUCUGUUUAGUCAGUUUAAACAAGCGGGAUUAGAACCUAAUGCACAAAUGUAUAUAGGGGUAUUCUCUUCUUGUGGUGAUGUUGGUGAUGUUAUUGAAGGGAUGCUCCACUUUGAAUCCAUGAUGAAGGACUAUGGCAUUGUCCCAUCAAUGGAGCAUUAUGUGAGCGUUGUGGACAUGCUGGGAAGUGCUGGAUAUUUGGAUGAAGCAUUAGAGUUCAUUGAAAAGAUGCCAAUGAAACCAAGUGCAGAUGUUUGGAUAACCUUAAUGAAUCUAAGCCGUGUUCAUGGGAACUUAGAGCUUGGGGAUCGCUGUGCUGAGCUUGUUGAGCUUUUAGACCCGUACCAAUUGAAUGAACAAUCUAAAGCAGGCCUUGUAGCAGGAAAAGCUUCAGACCUUGAAAAAGUGACUGAGAAGAAGAAAUUAACGAGUCAGAAUCUUUUAGAAGUUAGGAGUAGGGUCCAUGAGUAUCGAGCAGGGGACACAUCACAUCCUGAAAAUGAUAGAAUUUAUGCCUUGCUUAGGGGUUUGAAAGCACAGAUGAAAGAGACUGGUUACAUUCCAGAGACAAGAUUUGUGUUGCAUGACAUAGACCAGGAAGGCAAGGAGGAGGCUCUUCUUGCUCAUAGUGAGAGACUGGCUACUGCUUAUGGUCUUCUAACCAGUCCUGCACGCUCACCUAUUCGAAUAAUAAAGAAUCUUCGUGUUUGUGUUGAUUGCCAUAAUGCUGUGAAGAUCAUUUCUAAGAUUGUUGGAAGAGAACUCAUCAUGCGAGAUGCCAAGAGAUUCCAUCAUUUCAAAGAUGGGGUCUGCUCUUGCCGUGAUUAUUGGUGAACAGGAUGAAAAUAGAAGGUGAUAUAUUGAAGUUGACCGAGCAAAAAUUAAUUAAGAAGUGAAUUUCCUUAUUCCAUAAGAAUAUGCUGUGGCCGAUACACAUGACGUAGAUCUGGAUACUGAGGUUGCAGGCGACUUGACAGAAAUGAACAGGACGCGCUUGACCACUUUGAACACCACUAACUUACAUUGCAAGUGCGAACUACAUUAUAUUAGACUGUUUAUGAGUCUAUUGUUGUGCACUCAUUGAUGAUGAGAAAAUAGUAGAAUAGGUGAUGUGCACUUAUUUAAUAUUUUUUUUAAUCAUGAUUAUAACAAAAUUGAGUUAUAAUUUA